UUACCACGCUCUACAUAACGGUUCCACUCUGCAUCCAGCUGCUGCAGGAAGACAUUUAGUGAUCUGUAAAGCAUUAAACAGAUUGCUGUAUGUUGGUUAUGUGUGUAUGCCGGAAGAAGGCCGUCCGGUUAGGGAGAACCUGUGGAAAAUAAUCACUUCAAGGAACCUUUCACAGAGGGGCAGCAGGACAUCCAGCAAGACACCAACUGAGAUGGGGGGCAGUGGAGAGGAGAAGGAGAGUGUGCAGGGGAGGUUUCACAGGAGACUGUCUCGUCUGGGGAGCAGAGGCUCUAUUAGAGAGCCACCCAGACCUCCACCCCAACCUGUCCAACCCUCAGCCACAUCUCCGCCCCUAGCCCCGGCCCCAGCUCCGGCCACAGUUGACAGUCCCACUCCCCCAGCAGCGAAACCUCCAACCGCUACAGCCCCAGCCCCUAAACCCUUGGAGCUUCCCCCGAAACCCACUGAUAUAAGCCUGAAGCCAAGCCUCCCUCCAUGGCCUCUAACCAGGUGGUUCAGCAGCAAUGAGCAUGGCACCACAGUCCUACAGGGGUUUGAGUUGUUCCGUGGUGAUGAGACUCUGUGUGAUGUCAUCCUGGUGCCUGGGGACAGCAGUGACACCUUCCCCGUGCACAGAGUCAUUAUGGCCUCUGCCAGCAACUACUUCAAAGCCAUGUUCACUGGGGGUAUGAGAGAACAGGAUAUGAGGGAGAUUAAGCUCCAUGGGGUGAGUAAAACAGGUCUGAAGAACAUCAUAGAGUUCAUCUACACAUCCCGGCUGAGUCUGAGCAUGACCAACCUGCAGGACACUCUGGAGGCUGCCAACUUCCUCCAGGUCCUCCCCGUCCUCGGCUUCUGCAACAAGCUGCUCAGCACUGAGAUCACCAUUGAUAAUUGUAUGGAGGUGGAGCGCAUCGCCGGGGACCUGCUCCUGGAGGAUGUACAGGCCCACAUUGGGAAGUUUGUAUGUCAGAACCUGUCAGCAUUGCUACAGUCUGGCCACUACCUGCAGCUCUCUCAGACCAGCCUGGCCAACGCCCUGGCCAGCGACAGCCUCAAGGGCUUCUCUGAGAUGGAGCUGUACCGCAUCGCCCGCUCCUGGCUGGACCACGACCCCCCCACCCGCCGCUCCGCCGCCUACUCCCUGAUGAGCCAGGUCCGCUUCCCCCUCAUGACCCCCACUGAGCUGCUCGAGAUCUCCCAGGAGGAUGAGGGGCACGAUGAUGGCGGAGCGGCCAUGAUGCGCUCGGACACGGCCUGCGUCAACCUCCUGCUAGAGGCCAGCAACUACCAGAUGAUGCCCUUCCUCCAGCCUUCGUUACAGACGGAGCGCACACGCAUCCGGUCGGACGCCAAACAUUUGCUGGCGCUGGGCGGGGUGAUGAAGCAGCAGCUGGUGGUGAGCAGGGAGCUGAGACUGUAUGAUGAGGAUAUCGGCCAUUGGAGGGCGCUGAGGCCUAUGGAGGUUCCCCGCUACCAGCACGGCGUUGCCCUGCUCGGGGGCUUUCUCUACAUCGUAGGCGGCCAGAGCACCUACGACACCAAGGGCAAGACGGCGGUGGACAGCGCCUACCUCUACGACCCGCGCUUCGACCGGUGGUUGCAGGUGGCCUCGCUCAAUGAUAAGAGAACCUUCUUCCACCUGAGCACCCUGAAAGGGAAGCUGUAUGCUGUUGGGGGCCGGAACGCCUCAGGAGAGAUUGACACCAUGGAGUGCUAUAACCUUAGAAGGAAUGAGUGGACAUUCGUGUCUCCCAUGGUCGACCCCCACUACGGGCAUGCUGGGACAGUCCAUGGUGACCUGAUGUAUGUCUCAGGCGGAAUCACACGGGACACGUUCCAGAAGGAGCUGUUGUGUUAUGACCCUGAGACUGACGCAUGGAGUCGCCGUGCCGACAUGAUGGAACUGCGUGGCCUACACUGCAUGUGCACAGUGGGCGAUCGGCUCUAUGUGAUGGGAGGGAACCACUUCCGGGGCAGCAGCGACUAUGAUGACGUACUUAACUGUGAAUUCUACAGCCCUGAGGUGGACCAGUGGACGGUGGUGGCGGCCAUGCCACGGGGCCAGAGUGAUGUAGGGGUGGCCGUGCUCCAGGGCCAGAUCUACGUGGUUGGGGGCUACUCCUGGAACAGCCGCUGCAUGGUGGACAUCGUGCAGCGCUACGACCCAGAAAAGGACGAGUGGGACCGGGUGUUCAAUGUGCUGGAACCCCUGGGCGGCAUCCGGGCCUGCACCAUGACCGUGCAUCUGCCUGAGGGUGCCGUGGACAACGGCAAGAUGCAGGAGUGCCCGCUGGACACUGCCAAGAACUGAAAGCUGAGAUCAAGAACAUAUAGAUUUAGCUUCUCUGUGUUUGAGAUGCUGGAAAGUGUGACUUUUUUUGUGGGAGAAGUGGAAAAUGUGCAGUAGAAUUUCUCGAAUAGGUCCCACAAGGGGUUGGAACCGGUUCAGGAAACACAACAGAAAACCGGAAAAUAACAAAACAUUUCAAAGAACAGAAUUGGAACCGGGAAUGAAAGUGAUCCAUACUGUUCCGGAACUGAACCGUUAUUUUUUAAAUGCAUGGCAGCCGGUUAAUAACAUUAUUUUACUUGUCCCACAAAAAAAUGCAACAAAGUAUCUAUGGAAAGCCCUCACUCUGUCAUUAAGAAACAUAUUCCAGUGUCUGCCUGCAAGAUAAAUCUUUGCCUGUGAUUUUGAGUGUUUAGGCUAUCUGCCCCUCCCCCCUUUGACGUUACAAGCGUGAUUCAGAAGACAGGGAAAGAUUUUUUAAUAUAUAUUUUUUUAAUUAGAGAAGAAUGGAUUAUCUUGUUCAAUGCUAAUUAAGGAUACUAUAAACCCAGUUAUCAAGUUUCAAGUUGGAUUUAUUAACUACAAAAAGGAAAGAUGUUUUUUAUUCUGGUGACGCUCUGCGCACACAAGUUUGUUAUCUAACUAGCUCAAGCUUGUUAGCAAGCUAGCUCAAAGGACAAUCAGUUUCUCCAUACAAGCCACUACUCAUAGGUAUAAUUCUGUGGACCUAAUUCAGAUAAUGCAUGUCAUAACAAGAUGCCCAGAUCUUCAAGCCUCCUCCUCAACCCUCUCUCCCCACCCGUAAAAUAUCAGUUGCAUCUUCCGUUAUAGGCUACAUUUCACGCAUGUAAACAAAUAGUUUGCCUGUUCUAUCCACACUGAUUGGUGAAGUAAUUUAAUGAGCUAAAUGUAAAAACAAAAAAACGGAUGAUUUCACAGGUUAAAAAAGAAACAGGGGCACUGCAUUGCAGUGCUAGCUGUGCCACCAGAGACUCUGGGUUCGAGUCCAGGCUCUGUCGCAGCCGGCCGCGACCUGGAGGUCCAUGGGGCAAUACACAAUUGGCCUAGCGUCGUCCGGGCUAGGGAGGGUUUGGCCAGUAGGGAUAUCCUUGUCUCAUCGCGCACUAGAAACUCCUGUGGCGCGCAGUGCGCGCUAGCCAGGUCGCCAGGUGCACAGUGCGGCUGGCUUCCAGGUUGGAUGCGGGUUGGGUUGUGUUUUGGAGGACGCAUGGCUUUCGACCUUCAUCUCUCCCGAGCCCGUACGGGAGUUGUAGCGAUGAGACAAGAUCUUAACUACUAACAAUUGUAUACCACGAAAAUUGGAGAGAAAAGGGGGUAAAAUUCAAAUAAAAUAAAUAAAAAACAGAAAGGAAUGAUUUAAACCAGUACUUUUUGAGGCGGGGUUCAAACUAGUUCAGCACUUUAUUUUUCUGGUCAGAACAGUGGAACCAAACAACAACAAAGUGGUUCUCUUCAGAACAAUAUGAUUGGGAAAUCAUUUUGGUUCAAAUCCCUGGGUCUCAGCUAUGUAGUUGACUGACUGUACAUGUAGUUGACUGACUGUUAGUUUCCACUCCUUGUGUCUAUUUUGUUGGAACUAUCGUUGUAUCUGAGUGACUUCUGCUAUGCUCUUUAAUGUAGAACACUUAUGUUUUUAACUUUUGGCAUUGCAUUUUCAAACUGUAAAUGAUAGCUUAAAUUAUGUUUGAUUGAUAAAAAAGUAUUUUGUAUUGUAUAUGAAUGACUAGUGUAUUUUAAGAAAUUAAAAGGCAUACUAUGAA